AUGGCUGUGCGUGGCCGACGCACCAAGGUGCUCCCCUCCGAACUGAACAAGGUGUGCCCUGAGAGAGGUGACGACCCUGCCACACACUCCAGGACAAUGAGUGACUUCGAGGUGGUCCCCAACCUCCAUCAGAGCAGCAGCAGUGUCUCAAAGAGCAGGAGGAAGGCACAUUUCCCCAGCGGCAGCAAUGAAAAGGAAAAUCUCAUCUCGUGGAUUCCUGAAAACAUCCGGAAGAAAGAGUGUACCUACUUUGUUGAAAGCUCCCGGACAUCAGAUUCUGGGAGGGUUGUGUGCGAGUGUGGCUAUCUCAGGGAACAGCACCUGGAAGAUGCUGCCAAACCUCCCAUCUUCCUGGGGAAGGAAUGGGAUGCCAGCAGGCACAUCCAGGAAAUGCCAACAGAUGCCUUCGGUGAUAUCCACUUCACAGGCCUAGGACAGAAGAUGGGGAAGUAUGUGCGUGUCUCCUCGGACACCCCUCCACGGGUCAUCUUCCACCUCAUGACGCAGCACUGGGGCCUUGAUCCGCCCAACCUGCUCAUCUCAGUCACUGGGGGAGCCAAAAACUUCAUCAUGAAGCCCAGGCUGAAGAAUAUCUUCCGGCAAGGGCUAGUCAAAGUGGCCCAGACCACUGGGGCCUGGAUCAUCACGGGGGGGUCCCACGCCGGCGUGAUGAAACAGGUGGGAGAGGCAGUGCGAGAUUUCCUGCUGAGCUGCGGCCACAAGGACAGCGAGAUCGUCACCAUCGGCAUAGCCACCUGGGGGACCGUGUACAACCGGGAGAGCCUCGUCUGCCCCGUGGGUGGUUUUCCAGCUGAGUACGUACUGGAUGAGGAAAACCAAGGCAGCCUAUCAUGCCUGGACAGCAACCACUCCCACUUCAUCCUGGUGGACGAUGGGACCCACGGGAGGUAUGGGGUGGAAAUCCCCCUGAGAACCAGGCUGGAGAAGUUCAUUUCAGAGCAGACCAAGGUGAAAGGAGGUGUUGCCAUCAAGAUCCCCAUCGUGUGCGUGGUACUGGAAGGAGGCCCUGGGACACUUGAUACCAUCUACAAUGCCAUCACCAAUGGGACCCCCUGUGUGAUUGUGGAAGGGUCUGGGCGUGUGGCUGAUGUCAUUGCACAGGUGGCUAGCCUGCCUGUGCCCAAGAUAACCAUUGCCUUGAUCCAGAAGAAGCUGAGUGUCUACUUCCAUGACACCUAUGAGCUCUUCACUGAGGGCAAGCUGGUGGAGUGGACCAAGAAGAUCCAGGACAUAGUGAGGAACCGACAGCUCCUGACUAUUUUCAGAGAGGGCAAAUAUGGCCAGCAGGACGUGGAUGUGGCCAUCCUCCAGGCCCUGCUCAAAGCAUCCCAAAACCAGGAUCACUUUGGUCGUGAGAACUGGGACCACCAGCUGAAGUUGGCUGUGGCCUGGAACAGGGUGGACAUUGCUCGGAGUGAGAUCUUCACAGACGAUUAUGAGUGGAAGCCCACAGAUCUCCACCCUGUGAUGGCAGCUGCCCUGAUCUCCAACAAGCCAGAGUUUGUGAAGCUCUUCCUGGAGCAGGGAGUGCGUCUCAAGGAGUUCGUCACCUGGGACACCCUGCUUUACCUCUACGACAACUUGGCACCAUCCUGCCUGUUCCACAGCAAGCUUCAGAAGGUGCUGCUGGAGGAGAGGGAGCACACAGGUGGCUCCAAAAUGCCAAGAAUCCAACUGCACCAUGUCUCCCAGGUGCUGCGGGAGCUCCUGGGCAGCUCCACACAGCAUCUCUACCCCAAGCCCAAGCACACAGAACGGCCUCGGCUCUCCAUCCCUGUCCCACACAUCAAGCUGAAUGUUCAAGGGUCAAGCCUCCGGUCCCUCUACAAGCGCUCUGCUGGCCGAGUUGCCUUCACUGUGGACCCAGUCCGUGACCUGCUGAUCUGGGCUGUGGUCCAGAACCGCAGGGAGCUGGCAGAAAUCAUCUGGGCACAGAGCCAGGACUCCAUGGCAGCUGCGCUGGCCUGCAGCAAAAUCCUGAAGGAGCUGGCCAAGGAGGAGGACGACACUGACACCACCGAUGCCAUGCUGGCCCUGGCUGAGCAGUACGAGCAGAAGGCAAUCGGUGUGUUCACAGACUGUUACCGCAAGGAUGAAGAGAGAGCCCAGAAGCUUCUCACCCGUGUCUCUGAGGCUUGGGGGAAGACCACCUGUCUGCAGUUGGCGUUGGAGGCCAAGGACAUGAAUUUUGUGUCCCAUGGAGGUGUCCAGGCCUUUCUGACCAAGGUGUGGUGGGGGAAGAUGUGCGUGGACAAUGGGCUUCUGCGGGUGAUUGCAUGCAUGCUGUUCUUCCCUCUUCUCUUCACCAGCCUCAUCACCUUCAGGGAGAAGAGGCUGCAGCCCAUGGGCUGCCUGACACGUCUUCGAGCCUUCUUCACAGCACCUGUGGUCAUCUUCCACAUGAACAUCCUCUCCUACUUCACCUUCCUCCUGCUCUUUGCCUAUGUCCUGAUGGUUGACUUCCAGUCGUUGCCAUCUUGGCGAGAGUACCUCAUCUACUUCUGGCUCUUCUCCCUGGUGUGUGAGGAGAUCCGACAGCUUUUGUACGAUCCUGAUGGGCUUGGGGUUGUGAAAAUGGCUUCCCUCUACAUCAAGGAUUUCUGGAAUAAGCUGGAUGUCUGCGCCAUCCUUGUCUUUAUCACAGGGCUGACGUGCAGGCUGAUUCCAUCGACGCUCUACCCUGGGCGCAUCAUCCUGUCGCUGGCUUUUACCAUCUUCUGCCUGCGCCUGAUGCACAUCUUCACAGUCAGCAGGACACUGGGGCCCAAGAUCAUCAUUGUGAAGCGCAUGUUAAAGGAUGUGUUCUUCUUCCUCUUCCUGCUAGCAGUGUGGGUGGUGUCCUUUGGGGUUGCCAAGCAGGCCAUCCUAAUCCAUAAUGAGGAACGUGUGGAGUGGCUGUUCCGUGGUGUGGUCUACCAUUCCUACCUGACCAUCUUUGGGCAGAUUCCCUCCUACAUUGAUGGGGUGAAUUUCAACAUCGACCAGUGCAGCCCCAAUGGAACUGACCCCUACAAGCCCAAGUGCCCAGAGACAAAUGAGGACAACAAGAAACCCAUCUUCCCAGAGUGGCUGACGGUCAUCUUACUGUGCCUGUACCUGCUUUUCACCAACAUUCUUCUCCUCAAUCUUCUCAUUGCCAUGUUCAACUACACCUUCCAGCAGGUCCAGGAGCACACAGACCAGAUCUGGAAGUUCCAGCGUCACGACCUGAUCGAGGAGUACCACGGCCGCCCGCCCGCACCGCCGCCCUUCAUCCUUCUCAACCACCUGCAGAUUCUGGUCCGCCGAGGCUUGCUCCGCAGGCCGGCCACGCACCACAAACAGCUCAAAGAGAAGCUGGAAAAGAACGAAGAAGCUGCCCUCCUCUCUUGGGAGAUGUACCUGAAGGAGAACUACCUGCAGCACCAGCAGUGUCAGGAGAAGCAGAACACAGAGAAGAAGAUCCAAGACAUUGCACAGAGAGUUGAUGUACUGGCAGAGCUGCUGGACUUGGACCGGGUGAAGAGGACAGGGCUGGUGGAGGAGAGAUUGGUCUCUCUGGAAGACCAGGUCCACCAGAAUGCCCAGGCCCUGAGGUGGAUAAUGCUGGCACUGCAGUGCAAUGGCUUCAGCUCAGGAGAAGACAUGCCACCUGUGGGCUCCAGCAAAGCCUUGGAGAUGAAGGAGCUUGAUCUGGAGGAGAAACUCGAGGAGACCCAGCCCUCAUACCACGUGCUUGCCCGAAACCUCCUGUACCCAGGGUCUCGCACCCUCCGCUUCCCUGUGCCAGAUGAGAAGGUGCCCUGGGAGGUGGACUUCCCACUCUAUGCCCCCCCCACCUACUCGGCCGACCACAAGGACAUGGCUGUGCAGGACCCCUUCAGCCCCUCCUUGGAGUCUCUGCUGAAGAUCAACUACAACACCAUGGAUGGGCUGAUAGACCGUCAGAGCUUCCACGGCCUCUACGCUGUGCAGGAUGGGCUGCCACUGAACCCCAUGGGCAGGACAGGGCUGCGAGGCCGUGGGAGGCUGCACUGCUUUGGUCCCAACCAUGCCCUGCACCCUGUUGUGACCCGCUGGAGGAGGAACUUGGAUGGGUCCAUCAUAAGGAAGAGCCUGAAGAAGAUGUUGGAAGUCCUAGUGGCCCAGUACCCACUGUCAGAUGUCUGGGCUCUGCCUGGGGGGUCACUGGAGCCAGGUGAGAUGCUGCCACUGAAGCUCAAGUGGAUCCUGCGCCGGGAGUUCUGGCCCCAAUUCCAGAACUUGCUGAAACAAGGCACCGAGAUACACAAGGGGUACCUCGAUGACCCCCGCAACACAGACAACGCCUGGGUGGAGACGGUGGCCGUGAGUGUGCACUUCGACAGCCAGAACGACGUGGAGAUGAAGAGGCUGAACUCGUUCCUUCAGGGCUGUGACCCAGAGCUGUGCAUCCGCUGGCAGGUGCUGGACAAGAGGAUCCCCCUGCACACCAACCACAAGGAGCUCCUGCACAAGGUUUCAACUCUUCUUGGCGCCUACUACUAA